AUGUCCCCAUCAACAUCUACAGCUGUUCAAGAAUACGUUGGACCUAAUUUAAAUGUUACCUUGACAUGCCCGGAGUGUAAAAUAUUUCCACCAGAUCUAGUAGAAAGAUUCAGUGAAGGUGAUAUUGUAUGUGGUAGUUGUGGAUUAGUUUUAAGUGAUAGAGUAGUCGACACUCGAUCCGAAUGGAGAACAUUUAGCAAUGAUGACCAAAAUGGUGACGAUCCAUCUCGUGUAGGAGAUGCUGGUAAUCCAUUGUUAGAUACGGAAGACUUAUCCACUAUGAUUUCAUAUGUGCCAGAUAAUACAAAAGUUGGAAGAGAAUUGAAUAGAGCUCAAUCCAAGUCUUUAGUGGAUAAGAAGGAUAAUGCAUUAGCUGCUGCUUAUGUCAAGAUUUCCCAAAUGUGUGAUGGUUAUCAAUUACCAAAGAUUGUCCUGGAUGGUGCCAAGGAAGUUUACAAGAUGGUUUAUGAUGAAAAACCAUUAAGAGGUAAGUCACAGGAAAGUAUCAUGGCCGCUUCUAUUUUCAUUGGUUGUAGAAAGGCAAAUGUUGCACGUUCGUUCAAAGAAAUUUGGGCCUUGACUAAUGUCCCACGUAAAGAGAUUGGUAAAGUUUUCAAAAUCAUGGAUAAGAUUAUUCGUGAGAAGAAUGCAGCUAAUCCAAAUGCUGCUUAUUACACUCAAGAUAGUAUCUCAACUACACAAACAUCUGCGGAAGAUUUGAUUAGAAGAUUCUGUUCUCACUUGGGUGUUAAUGCACAAGUAACCAAUGGUGCGGAAUACAUUGCGAGAAGAUGUAAAGAAGUUGGUGUGUUGGCCGGUAGAUCCCCAACAACCAUCGCUGCUACUGUCAUAUAUAUGGCUUCACUUGUCUUUGGUAUUGAUUUACCACCUUCCAAGAUUUCAGAUAAAACUGGUGUUAGUGAUGGUACUAUCAAAACCUCGUACAAAUAUAUGUAUGAAGAAAAAGAAAAGUUAAUUGAUCCUUACUGGGUUGAAAGUGGUAAAGUUAAAUUGGAGAAUAUUCCUAAAAAUUGA